GAGCUCUUUCCCCAUUCUGCUCGAUUCUUCCGCCCUAAAAUCACGACUUCUCUGAAAUCCUGAUCAUCCUGAAAUCGAAAGCGAAUUCGGUUCACGGUUAAAGCUCUAAACUGCAAUAUUACUCAAUUUUAAUCGUCAAAGGAGAAGACCAUGUGGGCUGCUUCCUGCCUCGCAUCAUGCUGCGCGGCUUGCGCUUGUGAUGCGUGCCGGACGGCGGUAUCAAGUAUCAGCCGCCGUUCCGCUAGGAUUGCCUAUUGUGGGCUAUUUGCGUUCUCGCUAGUUGUUGCAUGGAUUCUUCGCGUAGUUGCUGCACCCUUAAUGGAGAAAAUCCCCUGGAUUAAUCACUUUGCGCACACACCUAGCAAAGAAUGGUUUGAAAUUGAUGCAGUUCUGCGGGUUAGCCUGGGAAAUUUUGUCUUUUUCACUAUUCUGGCAAUUAUGAUGAUUGGCGUAAAAAGCCAAAAGGAUCCCCGUGAUGGUUUGCACCAUGGAGGAUGGAUGAUGAAAAUCAUAUGUUGGUGCCUCUUGGUCAUCUUCAUGUUUUUUCUUCCAAAUGAGAUUAUUGAUUUAUAUGAAACGUCAUCAAAGUUUGGCUCAGGUUUGUUUCUUCUUGUUCAAGUUGUGCUGCUGCUGGAUUUUGUUCACAGAUGGAAUGACACAUGGGUCGGAUAUGAUGAGCAGUUCUGGUACGUUGCUCUGUUUGUAGUUUCUCUUGUUUGUUAUGUGGGUACGUUUGCAUUCUCUGGCGUUCUCUUUCACUUCUUCACAGCAUCUGGACAGGACUGCGGCCUCAAUACCUUUUUUAUUACCAUGACCCUGAUUUUUGCAUUUGUUUUUGCUAUAGUCGCUUUGCAUCCUGCAGUAAAUAGUAGCAUCCUGCCAGCUUCAGUGAUAUCCUUAUACUGCACUUAUCUCUGUUAUAGCGCUCUGGCCAGUGAACCAAGAGAUUAUGAGUGCAAUGGUCUUCACAAGCACUCAAAAGCUGUUUCCACUGGCACCCUCACUUUAGGCUUAAUUACAACUGUUCUGUCAGUUGUCUAUUCUGCUGUAAGAGCUGGAUCAUCAGCCGCAGCGCUUUCUCCACCAAGUUCACCUCGUGCUGGGAAGCCUUUGCUUCCUAUGGAUGCCAAGGAGGAAGAGGAGAAGGAAAAGGCAAAGCCGGUCACCUAUUCAUAUGCCUUUUUCCACUUAAUUUUUUCCCUCGCUAGCAUGUACUCUGCAAUGCUUCUGACUGGAUGGACAACCUCUGUUGGGGAGAGCGGGAAGAUAGUCGACGUAGGGUGGCCUUCCGUGUGGGUUCGCAUCGUCACUUGCUGGGCUACUGCUGCACUGUACAUAUGGUCUCUUGCUGCUCCUAUCCUCUUCCCCGAUCGGGAGUUCUAAGUGCCCUGCUACUCAGUUGCAAGAUUCUGAAGAAGGGUUUAUCUUAUCAAGUGCUAUAUAUGUAAUAUAUCUCUGCUAUGGUGUGUUACUUCUAUCGUAUCAUGUGUGGCCUGGAAUAAAUGUUUGCUUGACAUAAUGCAAAAUUCCGAGUGGCAGAACUUGCUUGUAUGGCUAACUGUUUGAUACCCUGAAGGAUUUGUUCACUAUUAGGAUAAUUUGAUAUCAUCCUCUCAAGGACUAAUGGAAGGCCAAUAUGAGCUUUGUUUACUGUAUGGAUAUGAUCAAAUUAGUAAUUGAAGUGACGUGAAUUAAGAGAGCA